GAUAAAGUUUACUGUUCACGCUGCGAAUAGAAAAACUUACAAAAAUGCUAUUGUAAAUUAUGAGAGUAUAUUAAAUGAGCUACAGCCGCAAAUAUGGACGGAAACAGAAUUGAUUUGAUAUCCGGAACUAUGUUAUGAUCUCUAAGGUGUCCCGGGGAUGCAUUUUGACGUGUACCAAGCGUGACUUUUUUUUGAGAGGUAUAUUUUUUCAUCUAUGUAGGGCUUCUUUCGGUUUUGGGUAAAGUUCAGUAAUGUGCUGAUUAGAACGACAGUCUUCCCGGCUCUCCUGUUUUAAAUGUUGUGCUGCAUCCGUAAAGAGUCGGCUGACAUUGCUUCGUUCAGUCCUCUUCUGUCUAAUGUUCCUCCAGUAUGCCUCAAGUCUUCUCUGACUCUGAAGAAAUGGCUGCUCGGAUAAUAAGCAGAUAUUAAAAAUGUAUCUCAGGGGAUUGCAGACCUUUAGCAGGAUGAUUCGGGGGAGGCGUUUAUUCGCUGCGGGGCUGCAGUGCUGCAGAUGUAGACUAAGCUGUCACGUAAAGAGACAUUACAGCCUUCUUCCAGAUGAUGUCAAAUCAUUACGGGCUCUCGUCAACCCUGAAAUAUCCAGAAUCCGAAACAUCGGCAUCAUGGCCCACAUCGAUGCAGGCAAGACGACAACCACAGAGAGGAUGCUUUACUACGCCGGUUACACAAGGGCAUUGGGAGAUGUUGACGAUGGGGAUACAGUGACAGAUUUUAUGGCCCAAGAGCGAGAGCGUGGCAUCACCAUACAGUCAGCAGCAGUAACCUUUGACUGGAAAAGUCAUAGAAUAAAUCUCAUAGACACACCAGGACACGUUGACUUCACGCUUGAGGUGGAGCGGGCACUUCGUGUGCUUGAUGGGGCUGUGGCGGUGUUCGACGCGUCGGCUGGCGUUGAGGCUCAGACUCUGACCGUGUGGAGACAAGCAGAGAAGCACCACAUCCCCUGUGUUUGUUUCCUCAAUAAGAUGGACAAGCCUGCAGCGAACUUGAGUUUCUGCAUUGAGAGCAUAAGGCAGAAAUUGAAAGCCAAUCCAGUCCUCUUGCAGAUUCCUGUUGGCAGUGGAAAGAACUUCACAGGUGUUGUUGACUUGUUAACCAGCCAGAAGCUGAUGUGGAAGAUGAAAUCUAUGAGAGAUGAUGGCAGAGCGUUUGAAGUCAAAGCUCUUGACCGGUCUGAUGAUCCAGACCUCCUGCAGGUGGUCAGCGAUGCAAGGACAGCUUUAAUUGAGCAGGUCGCUGAUCUGGACGAUGAGUUUGCAGAACUGUUGCUAACCGAUUUUAGCGAGAAUUUCGAUGCCAUUCCCUCUAAUAAACUUCAAGAAGCCGUGCGGCGAGUUACUCUGGCCCGUAAAGGUGUACCGGUCCUCUGUGGCAGCUCUUUGAGAAACAAAGGUGUUCAGCCUCUUUUAGAUGCCAUCACUGCCUACCUGCCUGCUCCUAAUGAACGACACCAUGAUGUGGUGCGGUGGUACAAAGACGACCUGUGUGCACUGGCCUUCAAGGUUCUCCACGACAAGCAGCGCGGCCCUCUGGUGUUUCUUAGGAUCUACUCUGGUACUCUGAAACCACAGACGGCGCUCCACAACAUCAACAGGAACAGCACUGAGAGGAUGAGCAGGCUGCUGGUGCCAUUUGCUGACCAGCAUGUAGAAAUCCCUUCGAUGACAGCGGGAAAUAUUGCCCUUACUGUGGGACUCAAGCAGACAGUUACAGGAGACACUAUUGUGUCAUCGAAGGCGUCAGCAGCAGCCGCGGCCCGCCGAGCCCAAAAUGACAGCGAGGCGGGAAAGAGGAGCAGAGAGUGUGCCAGCGUGAUCCUGUCAGGAGUGGAGGUCCCUGAUCCCGUCUUCUUCUGCACCAUAGAACCGCCAUCUAUGUCCAAACAGGCCGAUCUUGAAAAUGUGCUCAACUGCCUCCAAAGAGAAGACCCCAGUCUCAAAGUCCGAGUUGAUCCAGACUCUGGUCAGACCAUUUUAUGCGGAAUGGGAGAGCUGCACAUCGAGAUCAUCCACGAUCGAAUCAGAACAGAGUACGGCAUUGAGACUCACCUCGGGCCGCUGCAGGUUUCUUACAGAGAGACAAUUCUCCACGAGGCUUCGGCUUCAGACACUCUGGACCGGACAGUAGGGGAGAGAAGACAUGUCGUAACAGUGGAGCUGGCUGUCGGGCCUGUGGAUAUCGCCUCAGUGGGUGGUUCAUGCGAACUGGCUGUCACGGAAGAAUUAGAGGGACAGCUUUCAGCAGAAAUGAAAGAGGCAGUGGAGAAUGGAGUGCACAGCUCAUUUCUUCAAGGUCCACUGCUAGGUUACCCAUUGCAGAGUGUGUCUACACUGAUGCAGCGUGUUACCAUAGAACCUGGGACAUCACCUGCCAUGGUGUCUGCCUGCGUGUCUCGCUGCAUGCUGAAGGCCCUGCGGCUCGCGGGUGGACAGGUCCUCGAGCCAGUCAUGUCGUUAGAAGUGACUGUCGGCGAUGACCACCUCAGCUCGGUGCUGGGAGACUUGGCUCAAAGACGAGGAACGGUCAGAGACAUCCAGAGCCGUCAUGACAACAAGGUGCUCUUAGCAACCGUGCCCCUGGCUGAGAUGAUGGGUUAUUCCACCGUUCUACGAACACUGACAUCUGGCAACGCCACCUUCUCCCUGGAGCUGGAUACCUACGAGGCCAUGAACCCUCAGGAGCAGAACACACUCCUCAAAAGACUCUCUGGCCUGCUGUGAUCCCAGUUCAGUAAUGUGACCAGAAGCCUUCUCAAACAGAGAGAUGAUUUUUUUUCCUCCCCCUCAGACAAUAAUAAUUAGUCUGGAUCAAAUAUUUAUUCUGUGAAUAUCUACAGCUGGUUAACAGUGACAAGAAUGUGUAUGAUGUUCUAAAAUAAAUGUGAAACC